AUGCCUCGGAUUCCGGGAUUCGACUUCUCCAUUUCCUGUCGCCCAGGUUCCCGAAAUGUCAAGCCUGACGUCCUGUCUCGACAGUUUGCCCCCGAAGAGAAAUCCACCAAGGCUGCUCGGAUCUCCCCCUCGGCUUACAUAGUAGGAGGUCUGACCUGGCCCAUCAACAACCAGAUCCGUCAAGGGCUUGUUGUGGACCCUGACCCUGGUACAGGCCCCCCAGACCGCCGGUUCAUCCCCUCUCCAUCCCGCUCCGCAGUAAUCCACUGGGCCCAUACCGCCAGAUUGGCUAGUCAUCCGGGUAUACAUCGCACCAUUACUCUCCUCCAGCGCCAUUUCUGGUGGCCGUCCAUGGAGGCUGAUGCCAGGGAGUAUGUCUCCGCCUGCUCUGUUUGUGGCAGGAGCAAGCGCACCAACGAGUCACCGUCUGUGGAGAGUUUUAAGAAGAUCUUCAUUCAACAAAGUAAUUUGAACAUAAUAACAUCUUCAAGGUUUGCCGUCUAUGUGACAUGGUUGUUCUUGUGGAAGAUGGCUCAUGCAACUGAUCUAAAAUUGCCGUCACCUGUGCAUCAAGAAAAAGGUUUUGCAUCAGUCGAUGUUGGAGACAGAAUUACUUUGCAAUGUUUCUAUCAGAAUAAUGUUGGAUCAUGGCUUUACUGGUUUAAGAAAAUGAUGGAACAACAACCAAAGCUGAUCUCCUCCUUCUAUACGUACAACCAAAAUGGCACUUUUCAUCAUGAAUUCAACAAUAAUCCACGCUUCACACUGGAUAAUGAAAAAGGUCAAAACCACUUGACAAUUUUUGAUAUCAAAAUUUCAGAAUCAGCAACUUACUACUGUGCAUCUAGCACUUCAUAUAUGUUGACUUUUGCCGAGGGCACUGUGGUCAGAGUGCAGGGUUCUAGUUCAAACAUUCCAACUUUAAUCCAUCAGUCACCAUCAGAGACCAUCAAGCCAGGAGGCUCUGUGACUCUGAACUGUACAACUGGGACCUGUGAUGGACAACACAGUGUUUACUGGUUCAAAGACUCUGAAGAAUCUCAUCCAGCACUCAUUUACACUGAUGGAGGCAGCACUGAUCAGUGUGAGAGGAAAGCCAACACACAAACACACAACUGUGACUACAACCUGCCGAUGGAGAGGCUGAAUCCGUCUCAUGCUGUAACCUACUACUGUGCUGUUGCCUCGUGUGGACACAUUCUGUUUGGAAACGCCAAGCUGGACUUUGAGCAGGAGGGCGACCAUCUUCUCCUGGUGUAUUUAUUGAGUGGAGCUUUGGUAUUCACCACCAUCCUGGUGGUUUUACUGGGUUUUUUGGUCUACAAGCUGAGUAAAAAAAAAGCUGUCAAUGUUCAGGACACACAGAUGGCAACUUACAGAGCGUUUUGCAGCUGUGGUUUUCAGCAGGAUGUCAACGGGUUUCGCAGCCACAUAGAAGCUCCUUAA